AGUCUGUUUUGUUGUGGAUAUCACCAAAGUUACACACCUGACACCAGGUGCUUCUGGAUUUGUUCUAAUUUUUUUUUUUUUUGCCUAUUAAACGUUUUACUGCAUAUCGGGAAUCAUAUACACGCCUGUUACAUUUUUUAAUAAUGUUAAUCGUCAAAUAAAUUGAUAAUAAAAAUUAAUUUUGUGAUUGUAAUAAAACGCGUAGGAAAGUUAAUAAAAUCUUAAUCUAUCAAAAUUAUAAAAUUGUUAUACUGUCCGACCAAAAGGUUCAUGUAAUAGAUUACGAAUAUCGGCUUGUGCACAGUAAAAUGCACGUAUUCAUUAUCAAAUAAUGCGAUCAAAUUUAUCUACCUACAAGUCACAAGAUACCUCAACUGAAUUUGGAGAAUUGCUAGACGAAGACUCAUUUUUGUUACAAAUACUCUUUCGUUCAAUAAGAUGCCAACGUGAUUUAUGUACUAAUUACUAUGAAACAUCGUGAACAGAAAAAAGGUUUUUGUGGUUUGUGCGGAAGUAAAUCUUCAACACUGAAUUCAGAUUCCGAAGACGAAAAUGAACCAAAAGAUACAAUGUUCAAUGGAACUGUAAAAGAUGACCGCACACCUAUACAAGUAGAAAACGGUUUGUCAAAACCGGAGUCAGCAGAAAAAGCGCAAAACAAAUGGUUAGAGUCGGGCAGAGAAGUGGAAAAUCGAGAUGACUUGAAUAGCGAGAUUUCAGAAAAUGUAAAGUCUGAAAUCCAAUCAGAAAAAAUAAUUGAAGCAUCGUUACAUCAGUACCAGUACGACUUGGUAGUCUUGGGAGGAGGAUCAGGUGGCUUAGCUGCUGCUAAGCAAGCAACCGAACUUGGAGCUAAGGUAGCUGUUUUUGACUACGUAAUACCAUCUCCUCAAGGAACCAAAUGGGGCUUAGGUGGAACAUGCGUCAAUGUGGGCUGUAUACCAAAAAAAUUGAUGCACCAAGCUGCCUUACUUGGAGAAGCAGUGCACGAAGCCACUGCAUUUGGAUGGCAAAUACCUGAAGUCAAAUCUGUUAAAAUUGAUUGGGAGGCUUUAACAACUGCUGUGCAGAAUCAUGUUAAAUCUGUUAACUGGGUUACCAGAGUAGAACUUAGAAAUAAGAAAGUUGAAUACAUCAAUGCACUUGGUUACUUUAAAGAUCCACACACUAUUGGAGGUAUUAUGAAGAAUGGAGAAGAAAAAGUUGUCACUGCUAAGAAUGUUCUUAUUGCUGUUGGUGGUAGACCCAAUUACCCAGAUAUUCCUGGUGCUGUGGAAUAUGGUAUCACUAGUGAUGAUAUUUUCAGCUUAAGCAAGCCACCAGGAAAAACUCUUGUUGUUGGUGCUGGAUACAUUGGUUUAGAGUGUGCAGGAUUUUUGAAUGGAUUAGGGUAUGAUGCUACAAUAAUGGUGCGUUCUAUUAUCCUUAGAGGUUUUGAUCAGCAAAUGGCGAACAUUAUUGCGGAAGAAAUGGAAACUCGCGGCGUCCACUUUAUUUACCAAGCUAAACCUAAAGCUUUAGAAAAGCAAGCAGAUGGAAGCAUUCUUGUGCACUGGGUGGAUAAGGAUGGUCAAAUUCAUAAAGAUGUCUAUGACACAGUAUUGUUUGCAAUCGGGCGCAAAGCUCUCACAAAAGAUUUGAAAUUAGAAAAUGCAGGCGUCUUCGUUGUUCCUGAAAAUGAAAAAAUUGAUGCUCUGAAUGAACAAACUAAUGUACCACAUGUUUAUGCUGUCGGAGACGUAUUGCACAAAAAACCGGAACUUACACCGGUAGCAAUCCAUGCUGGUAAAUUAUUAGCUAAAAGACUGUAUGGAAAUGCAACAGAACUAAUGGAUUACACGAACGUUGCUACGACUGUGUUCAGUCCUCUUGAAUAUGGCUGUGUUGGACUCAGUGAAGAGCAAGCAAUAGCAAUACAUGGAGAAGAUAGUAUCGAAAUUUACCAUGCUUAUUAUAAACCAACAGAAUUUUUCGUUCCACAAAAAGAUAAUAGUCGCUGUUACCUGAAAGUGGUUGCAUUGCGAAAUAAUGAUCAAAAAGUUCUUGGUUUGCACUUUGUUGGCCCUAAUGCAGGCGAGGUUAUUCAAGGAUUUGCUACAGCAAUUAAGUGUAAUUUAACAUUCCCACUUCUGAAGUCUACCGUCGGAAUUCAUCCUACGAUUGCUGAAGAAUUUACUCGUGUAAAUAUAACGAAAAGAUCUGGAAUGGACCCUAAACCUCAGAGCUGCUGCAGUUAAACGACUUAAAGAGUUUAACAUCCGUUCUUACGAAUAAGUGUACUUCGAUGUUUCGUAACAUCGUGAAUUAUAUUGCGGACAUUCUAAAGAAGCAGCUCGAAUUUAUUGCUUACAGGGGCAACUUUAAGUAGAUCAAGAAUUCCAAUUUGCAAAAGCUUUUGUAAAGAGUGUAAAAAGAGAAAAAAUACUAUUACUUUAUAAUUUUCAAACGAAACAAUUGUAAGAGAGUCAUUUUAAGUUCUAUAUUUUGUACAGUAUUUACAAUAAUAAUGAAGCUCAGAAACUUCACUAUGCGUGAUUGACUAGCUUUUAAAAAAGUUUUGAAUGUACGUUUAACAUCACGCUUAUAAAAUUUUUAUACGAUUUUAAUUGCAAAUCAUGUUUUACGGAAACUUGAUGUUUCUAAAACAAUUGUUAUUUCUAAUCAAUAAUAAAAUAUUGGCACAAAAAA